CUCACCUCGAGGGGCGGGGCUUGUUGACGUCAUAAUGUUAUAUGACAGAGGAAGUGGCUCAGCUGAACCUUGGAUCACACUUUGGAUGUUAUUAAGUUGCAUUCGUACUUACUGACAGAGGAGAAGGACAGUAAGAGUGACACCAUGGCAGCAGAGGGCGACCCCGCAGACCUGGUCAAAGUGCUACACCUUCUGGUGCUCUCUUUCUCCUGGGGAAUGCAGGUCUGGGUCUCCUUCAUAGCAGGUUUUGCGUUAGUGUGGCAGGUGAGUCGGCACACGUUUGGCCUGGUGCAGAGUAAGCUCUUCCCCGUGUACUUCUACUGCCUGCUGGGUAGCAACGUUGUCAGCCUGGCUGUGUUUGCCGUGUACCACCCCAAAGAGCUGCUGGACUGGCAUGAAAGUGUGCAGAUGGGUCUGUACUUGGUGGCGCUGGGCAUGACGGGCCUGAACGCCCAGUGGUUCGGCCCAGCGGCCACCGAGGUGAUGUUCCAGAUGAGGGAGGUGGAGGAGGAGCAUGGCCUGGGGAACCAGAUCGGCCUGGGCAGCCAGAAAGAGGCGUACGCUAAGCUCAAAGAGCAGGACCCCAAGUACAGAGCCCUCAAGCGCACGUUUGGCCGCUACCACGGUGUGUCCAACCUCUGCAACCUGAUCGGGUUCAUCUGCACCACGACUAAUUUAAUCUACACAGCUCUGAAUUUAUCCACCAUUUAGAGGGGAGUAGGUUUCAAUUCAGUAGAUGUGGGCGUGGGUUAAAUAUGCCCACAAAUAAAAGUGUCAGUGACAUUAUGUAAAUGUAAUUACACAGAGUUUUGCAUCCCUGCUGCAGCUGCCAACUCAUGAGGGAGGAUGCCAUUGUUGCCAUUGAGCAUCCAAUUGCUGUUCACUUUUAUCUGGCUGUUUAAAGGGAGACACUGCAGCCAAAACAUUGUUUCAAAACAUUGUUUUUAAAAUAGCGCAAAAUCUCAAAAUUGACCAUUACACAGGUCAAUUUUGAGAUUUUGGGCUAUUUUGCUAUUUUGUUAUGUUCAUAUAUCAUUCAUAGCCCUAUUUAUACAUAAUUUUAUUCCUAAAAACAUGGCAAAAAGGGAUUUUUUUUAUGGCUGUUGACAGUAUUUUCUGAUUUAUGGAGUGAUGAAAGACCUAUCCAAAAUUCUCUCUGUAAAAACCUUUGAUUCGAAUAUGUCAACAAAGUGAUACAAUAAUUUUGAACCUGGCUUUAUCCAAUGUUCAGAUAUAUGUUCUGGAAAUGUAUGCAAAUUAGCACAAAUUUGUUAAGAUAAUGCAUCAUUUACAUAUUCAAACAUCCGUUUUCAGAAACUUGUAAUGCGAGUAAAGUAAUGAACUGAGGAAGUUCCAUGUUGACAUCUAUUAGUUAAAUUGUUUACCCUGUUCACCUGAGGUGUCUCCCUGGAAGUACUUUUCAUCCUGUCAAUCAUUAUCUAAUUUAGGCUGUCUCACAAAAUAGGAUUUAUUUUUAAAUUUGUUUUUCAUAUUUGAUUAUAUUUCUCAUGAUCAUACCCAAUCUUAAGAACAAAAUGUAUUUUUUUAAAAUACCCUUAAUGUAGUCACCAAACCACAGGUAUCGUGUGGGUAAUGUACCUGCAUCCCCAGCAGGGGGCGAUGUUUGGACACAGGUGUAUUCAGGGAAAGUUUGUUGCUGAGCACAGUAGUGCAUUUCAAUUGUAAAAUAUUGUGUUUCCAGAUAUUUUAAUGUUGAAUUUGUCAACAUUGUUGAAUUAACAAUGUGAUUGGGAGAUUAAACAGCGUGCUGUUAAUAUUCUUUAA